GCGCAGGAGACAAAACCAAUCCAACGUCGGGAAGGCCGAGCUGGCGCGGCAGCAUCAGCAUGGCGGACUCAGGAACAGUAGGCGUUAUCGUGGCAAUAGUCGUGGCGAUCUUUAUCCUCGUCACGGCUUUGAAAGGAAUCCGGAUCAUCAAGGAGAAGGAAGUGAUGGUGAUCGAACGUCUUGGUCACUUCAAGACAACACUAUCGCCUGGUUGCCACUUCAUCAUUCCGUUCAUCGACCAGCCUCGUGAACACACUCAAAAAUACGUGGUGAACGUCGGUGAGCGCUUGACACUUGUCGACCGACCCAAGAUCAUUACGAUCUCGACGCAGAACGAAGUGCUCGACUUCCCCAAGCAACCAGUGAUCACCCGCGACAACGCUGCCAUCUUCCUCGAUGCGGUGCUCCAGUAUUCAAUCACGAGCCCCAAGACAUACAUCUACACUGUCAAGAACUUGCCGCAUCUAUUGAGCGUGCUCCUCCAAGCCCAGAUUCGUAAUGUCGCGGGCUCGCUGGACGUUGAUCAAAUUAUCGAAGACACGGCGCAAAUGGACCGCGUGUCCGGCUUGAUGGAUGCCGCCGCCGUUCAGUAUGGCGUGAAGAUUGCUAUGGUCAAGAUCCAACGCGUGGAUGCGGGGCCGUUGAGCCAAGUGCUGGCGAAGAAGAAGCAGGCUGACUUGAACAACAAAGAGAUUAUUAUCCAAGCCAAAGCCAUGAAGCAAACGACCGUCAUCAAUUCUGAAGGGAACCGCGACCGCAUGAUCAAAGAAUCGGAAGGUGAAGCCCAGCAAGCGCUCUCGCGCGCGCGCGGUGAGGCGCAGGCGAUCGUGAACGCAGCCACGGCCGAAGCCCGAAGCAUCAAGGAAAUCUCGAAAGUCGUGUCGCGGUCGGGCGAAAACCCCCUCCGGUAUCUGCUGGCGCUUAAGUACAUUGACGUGAUGCAGCAAGUGCUGUCGCUCAAGCAAACCGAGGUGCAGCUCAUGCCGUUCGAAACAGCGUUCAUCCAGACGAUCCGUGGGCUUGGCCUCAAUACGGUCGCGCCGUGCAAGGUAUAAUCGCCCCUCGCCUUUCCUUUUAUUUGUGUGAACGCAAUGAAGUAAAUUCACCCUGCCUCAUGAAUGCGUCG